AUGAGUGUCAGUGACUGGAGCAUUAGCGAGCACGAUGACGAUGUUACGAUGUGGUCUACUGCACGACUUGCAGAAGAAGGCGUGGCUUAUCGUGUCGUAAACGUACUAGGCAGUGGCUUUGUGAAUGACCGAGUGGACAUUCAGCAAUUGGCGCUAUUGGUACGCAAUGCAGACUAUUCACCACGAGGCUUUAAUGCAUUGGUAAUGCGGUUCCAAACGCCACGUGCGACGGUUCUUGUCUACAAAAGUGGAAAGUAUGUUGUGAUAGGAGCUACGAGUGUGGAAGGUGCAAAGCUAGCAGCCGAUAAACUGAUCUCUAUUUUGAAGAAAGUGUCAUUUCCUAGCGAUAGUAGUCCAUUUACUAUUCGCAACGUAGUGGGUUCGACCGACGUUUGCUUCAAAAUACGCCUGGAAGGCUUGGCACGAGAUCACAUCCGUUUCAGCACAUAUGAACCAGAAAUGUUUCCAGGACUAAUCUAUCGGAUGCUACAACCAAAAUGUACACUAUUGAUUUUCGUAUCCGGCAAAAUUGUUAUUACUGGAUGCGAGACAACUGCCGACGGAGAAAAGGCGAUUGGAAAAAUAUUUCCUGUUCUGUUGCAAUACCGAUUACGCGAAGACGACUCCGAUGAUGCUGAUGCUGAUGACGAAACAACCAACGACGAGUAG